AUGGCUCAAUCCAAGCCUGCUAUUUCGCCCUGGGGCGGCGCUGUCGCCGGCGCAACCGGAGCCGUCAUAGCAAACGCCCUGGUAUAUCCUCUCGACAUCGUCAAGACUCGCCUGCAGGUCCAGGUGCGCUCCACCGACAAGUCCGAGACCGACGGCGAUUCGGUACACUACACCUCGACCUGGGACGCAAUCUCACGAAUCGUCGCCGAUGAGGGCAUCCAGGGCCUCUACGCCGGCAUGAACGGCUCCCUGGUGGGCGUUGCGUCCACCAACUUUGCUUACUUCUACUGGUACACCGUCGCCAGGACGCUCUACACAAAGUCGGCCGGCCCCUCUGCGGCGCCCUCCACGGCCGUCGAGCUCUCCCUGGGUGCUGCUGCAGGUGCUCUGGCACAGCUGUUUACGAUCCCCGUUGCGGUUGUGACGACUCGUCAGCAAACCGCGGCCAAGGCGGACAGAAAGGGCCUUUUCGCUACGGCUCAGGAGGUCAUCGAGGGACCGGAUGGCGUCAGUGGGCUUUGGAGGGGCCUCAAGGCCAGUCUUGUUCUUGUCGUCAACCCGGCCAUCACAUACGGUGCUUACGAGCGACUAAAAGGCAUCCUCUUCCCCGGGAAGAGCAAGCUGAAGCCUUGGGAGGCUUUCCUUCUGGGUGCCAUGUCUAAAGCCCUGGCAACGAUCUGUACCCAGCCCCUGAUUGUUGCCAAGGUGGGCUUGCAGUCAAAGCCGCCUCCGGAAAGGAAGGGAAAGCCAUUCAAGAGCUUUAUCGAGGUCAUGCAGUUCAUCAUCAAGCGCGAAGGUGUCCUCGGUCUCUUCAAGGGAAUGGGGCCCCAGAUUCUAAAGGGCCUGCUUGUCCAGGGCAUUUUGAUGAUGACAAAAGAAAAGUAA